UGAGCGUAUUCGCUUCCGCCCACUUUCACUGUUCAACUAACCAACCACUAUGUCCUAUGCAAAAGAGCGAGAGCAGAACAUUGCACGCAACAAAGCUAUCCUUAAUGGCCUGGGUAUCGACCCCCUCAAACCCAAAAUUGAGCCGAAAGAGAACUUAAGGAAAAAAGUGGCAGCCAAGAAACGGAAGUCCCCCUCGCCCGAAAGCGACGAGCUCGAGGAACCGCCCAAGAAAGCUUCUCGUUUAGCAGAUGAUAGUAAUGAACCAGGGGGCGCGCGAAGAAGCUCUCGUCUUGCUGGUAAAACAGUCGAUUACAAGCAGGAACAAGACCGCGGGGUCCCGGAACCGAUCACAUUCAAACGGGCUCAAAAGGUCAAAGUUGGCCAGGUAAAAUCAAAGAGAACAUAUGACCCUCACAUGUACGGUCACAUACCCGACGUAGAGGUGGGGACAUGGUGGGCAACAAGAGAAGAUUGUUCAACCGCGUCUGUCCAUGCCCCUUGGGUCUCGGGUAUUGCACCAGGUCCAAAUGGUGCAUACUCGAUCGCACUUUCAGGAGGAUAUGAUGAUGAUGUAGACGAAGGAUACGCAUUCACAUUCACCGGUUCUGGCGGUAGGGAUUUGAAGGGAACAAAGACAGCACCCAAGAAUCUUCGAACGGCUCCUCAAAGCAGUGAUCAGACUUUCGAGGAUAGAAACAACGCAGCCCUCCAGAAAUCUGUUGACACUCUGAAACCUGUCCGUGUGAUCCGGGGCUUCAAAGGGAAGGCCAGGUCAAAGUACGCGCCGUCAGAGGGGUAUCGCUAUGAUGGCCUGUAUCUUGUCAAAAAGGCGUGGAUUGAAAAAGGGCUCAAUAAGGGGGGUUUCCUCGUAUGCAAAUUUGCGUUCGUCCGAAUGCCAGGACAAGAGGCUAUCCCUGUGAACGAUGGCGGUGAUGAUGAAUUUGAUGAAUGAAUAUACCCCAACCAUCUAAUGACCAUAUCGUGCUCACUUCUGAUGUAGAUAAAUCAUAUUGUACUUACUAUCUCCUGCAUUAUCUCGUCAACUUGCUAGUAUUACAUCAAGCAUUUGCUGAUGCUGAA